AUAUUAACAGCAUCUAUAUCAUCAGUGAUGAUAACAAUUGAUUUGUGUGCUUCGGUAAGAUUCCAUUCAUUUAUAGCAGUCUGUGUUGAUAUCUUAACAUUGUAACGCUGUAAGUAUGGGGCGUCAUUGUUAAAGCAUCAUUGAUAAUUGUAACUGAUAACUGUUAUUUUAUGUCCUAUAAGUUUCUCAACCGGCAUAUGCAUUUAAAAAGGUAGCUAACUGUAUAAACUGUAUAAACUAGAAAAUAAAACUAAAACAAAGCAAUUUUGAGAGGAAAGCCAAAAGAUUUUCGGUUUGGAACACUUUUCAUUGCAAAUACACGACAUAGAGAAAAAUUGUCUCUUAAAUUGUUUUGUAUUUUAGACGUACUUUACUGGUGUAAUGGCUUCCUAUAUCAAACUACUGGAGGACCCAAACGGCCAGGUAAACAUGUCUGGUAGACAAAAUCAUAAACUAGUAUCAUUAAAUGAAACCUUUUGAUGCUCUAGAGAAUAUGACACCCUCACGUUACACGUCUGAGAUAUUAUAAACAUUAUAGCGAAAUAUAGGUUAGUUUUAUUAGGGGUUGCUUUGACCUAAUAACCGUAUGUUGCAAAAUUAAUUGUUGCUUUAUAAGUAUUUCUACUCAAAUGAAAUCAUUACUAAAUCCAAUUCAGGUUUAUUCAAGUCAACAAGGGCGCAAUGGAGAACCAGUUGUCUACUUGGUUUCUCAUACGAGAUCUUUGCACACGGAAAAUAAGGUAGGUUUAUUCAUUUGUUGAACCUUCAUUUGUCAAAAGUGUCAGUACAGUGUCAGUACAGCACAGUGUCAGUACAGUACAACUCAAGUUGUAAGCAGGUUGCAUGCGACAGUUUUAGGCAAAAGGUGUGCAAUGUAAAUCGGAAUUUAGGUCAUUAAAUAAAUGAUAAAAUCACAACGGCCUUCGCUGCAAACUUCGAUAUGUCUUCAAUAUUUUCUUAUUGUGAAACACUACCUAAGCGAAGACUUAACCUUGGAGAUUUUUAACCCAGAAAGUUUUGAGACGACGAAAGUACCCGAAUGUCCAAGGCUGAAAUAUUGUGUCCUUUCGUUUUUCUAGGUCAGUUAUGUUAACGAAGUUGCAAGUCCAGACGAACCAGACGGAUUUGUGGAAAUACCGCUAAAUAAUGAACCCCACAAAUACACAGAAGCUAACCAUAAUUCAAUAUCAACAACGGGUAUUAAGAGUACGGAAAAAGAAAAUUAUGUCUCAACAACCUCGGUUGACGAAGGUGGCGAUGCUGAACAAGAAUUAAACACAAAACUACAGCAACUGGAGGAUAUAAAAAAAGAACAGAAUGAAUUCACAGGAACAGAUGAGAAAUCUUCUUCAAACUGCACUCGUCAGGAAGACAACACUGAACCACUAGGAAAGAAUAGAUCUUCCUCUGAUACGGAAAGAAAUUCAGAGAUGAUAAAUCAAGAUACAAACGAAACUGACAAGAAUUCUGAUGAUGACACAAGGAAUCUGAUAAGUAAUGAAAGCAAAGAAAAUGAUACGAAUAGUAGCGAAGAGACAGAGCAAGCUAUUGUAGGAGACACUGAUAUUCGAACGGAAUGUGAGAAUCAAGAACGGGACUCUGAGGAUGAACAAAACUCUGAGAAAUCUGGCGAAGUGCAAGAAAUAGAAAAUCUCGCAGUUCUUUCCGAGAAUUCUUGUGACGAAACAGGGAUAGAAAACCCCGCAGUCGAUCUUGAUGUGAGCGAAACAGUACCGCCUUCUGUUGUCAUCACUCCGGCCAGUCCUGAUCAAGAGGUGGGGUUAAGACUGGAUAUCGAGAAAAAUGCUGGCGAUGAAGGCAAAGAGAAUCCUGGGUUCGAAGCAGUUGAAGUGAAAUUAUCUGAAGGAGUGUAAGGCUGGUUUCAACUUGGGAACACUGUGGAUUGAUAGGGACGCAACGACACACGUAAAAUUCCUUAGGCCACGUAAAAAUCUCACAACUUGUCAACAAGAUGUGUUCGCAACAUGCUUGUAUCAAGCUUGUCAACAAGUUGUAACAAUGCUGUUUAUAUCAGGUUGCUACAAGGUUGUCACUCGCAACUUGUUGACAAAUUGUUGAAUUGCAGGACGAACUUGUAACCAGUCUGUUGAGCUCACCAACCUUGUAGCAAGUUGCCAACAAGCCGUUGACAACUUGAGUUGUCAACAAGCUGGGAACAAGCAGUGCGAACACAUCCUGUUGACAAAUUGUUGGAACAGCAUUGCUACAAGUCUGCUGCAAGUUUGUUACAACUUGUGCGUUUUUACGUGUGUAGUCGCAUCCCUAUCAAUGCACAGCGUUCUUAUUAGUUAUUGACGCUACCUACACUGGCGAGAUUACUUUCAUCUUAGUUUGACGUAAAUACAUGUACAUAGACCAUUUAUUCGAGUUUUAAUUCAACAGUACCUUGCAACUAGCGACUGUGACAGGACACACAUUUCCUUAUGCGCAAAUAUAUUUAACACGUCAUCAGGAUACUAGGAUAUUAUAUUAAUAAUUAACUUAUUCUUAUAUCCUUUUGAUCUUUAUACAUUAUGUAUGUUUUGAUCUUUAUACAUGACGAACGAAGUAUCAUUAAAUUUGAU